GGGGGUCAUGUUCUCGUCUUCCCUGGUGAGUACAGCCAUUGGCUGAACAUGAAGAGCAUGAUGGAGGAGUUGGUUGAGAGGAACCACUCAGUGACGGUCCUGGUCUCCGACGCUUCACCCUCAGUUGACUACAACAGCAGCCGCUACGCUGGGAAGUUCAACUUCCGGGUUUUCCAGGUGCCAUUCACCAAAGAUGAGCUCCACGGCUUCACUGAGAGCUUCAUCCAUUACUCCAUGUAUGAGUGGCCGAAUUCCUCCAUGCUGCAGGUCUUCCUGAAGAUGCGAGAUUGGGUUAGUCGCUCGACUGAGCUGCAGCUGCAGCAGUGCCACGCCAUGCUGCGAAAUCCCGAGCUGAUGGCGUCGCUGAGGGACACUCGGUUUGAUGCUGUCGUUGCUGACCCCAUGAUGCUGUGUGCCGACCUGAUGGCAGAUGUGCUCGGCCUGCCGUUGGUCAUUUCUCUGCGCUUUACCUUUGGGUCUGUGUUCGAACGGCACUGUGGUCAGAUGCCAGCACCUCCAUCAUUCGUCCCUGCGCAGCCGCUCACGUACAGUGACAAGAUGACCUUUAGCGAGAGGGUUGUCAACAUGGUAGCCUACAUGUUUUUCUCGGCAACGACAGAGAUGCACUGGAAGCUGUCCGUGGAUCAUCACUAUAGUGAUUUAAAAGGAAGUCCAACCAGCGCCUGUGAGACAUUAGGGAGGGCAGACAUCUGGCUAAUCCGAACCUUCUGGGACUUGGAUUACCCACGGCCGUUCCUCCCCAAUUUCAAAUUUGUGGGGGGUUUGCACUGCAAACCAGCCAAGCCGUUGCCACAGGAGAUGGAGGCGUUUGUGCAGAGCUCAGGUGAUGAUGGCAUUGUGGUUUUUUCACUCGGCUCGAUGGUAAAGAACCUCACAAAGGAGCGGGCCAACGUCAUUGCUGCUGGACUUGGAAAGGUCCCACAAAAGGUGGUAUGGAGGUACAGCGGAGAAAAGCCUGACAGUUUGGCACCAAACACAAGGAUCUAUGAUUGGAUCCCACAAAAUGACCUCCUGGGUCAUCCGAAGACAAAAGCCUUCAUCACGCAUGGUGGCACCAAUGGGCUUUACGAGGCCAUCUACCACGCCGUCCCAUUGGUUGGAAUCCCACUAUUUGGCGACCAACCAGAUAACAUUCUGCGCAUGACUCACCGAGGAGCAGCCGUCAUGCUGAACUUCCAAAGUCUGACUUCUGAGGAGCUGACCAAGGCCGUCCAGACCGUCAUCAGUGACCCGGCCUACAAGGCCAGCGUGCAGCGUCUGUCUGAUAUCCAGCGCGACCAGCCGAUGACACCGCUGGACACCGCCGUCUUCUGGAUUGAGUUUGUAAUGCGACAUGGUGGGGCCAAGCACCUCAGGGUGCAGUCCCAUGCCCUGAACUGGUUCCAGUACCACAGCCUGGACACUGGAGCCACCCUGCUGGCUGCACUCAUGAUGGCGAUUUUUAUCAUAUACAAAGGUUUGCGGUUUUUCAUCUCCAGGUGUUUUUCUUCCAGACGGAGGGAAAAGACAGACUGA